GCUGUCUAUCAAACAACACGGACCGUGACUAUUUCACAGCAUGAACAGCAGAGUUGAGUGAACCAGACAGCUCGCAGUGCGGUGAUCUGCCGGUUUUAACGGCUGUGAUGUCACACUUGUGUGUGCUUCUGGACUCGGCUGAAGAAGAAGAUGGCGGCCUCCUCAGGAGUUAAAGUUCCACGCAAUUUUCGCUUGUUGGAAGAGCUUGAAGAAGGGCAAAAGGGCGAAGGCGAUGGCACAGUCAGCUGGGGCCUCGAGGAUGACGAAGACAUGACUCUCACACGGUGGACAGGCAUGAUCAUUGGACCAGCAAGAACCAAUUAUGAGAACAGGAUAUACAGUCUGAAAGUGGAAUGUGGACCUAGAUACCCAGAGACAGCCCCGACUGUUAGAUUUGUAACAAAAAUUAGCAUGAAUGGGAUAAAUAAUUCCAACGGGACGGUGGAUUCACGUAGCAUACCAAUAUUAGCAAAAUGGCAGAAUUCUUAUAGCAUUAAAAUUGUUCUUCAAGAGUUAAGGCGUCUAAUGAUGUCCAAAGAAAAUAUGAAGCUUCCACAACCACCAGAAGGACAAACCUACAGCACUUAAUCGUGAUGGAUUGUGUCGACCCUCUGUCUUAAACCUUACUCUCUUAGAAAUAUUGUGUAAAAUCAUCAAGAGGCUCACUUCGCACAUCAACAAUAUCGUCUGCAAGAGCAAGAUUGGACUUUCUUAUUACAUAGCUCAUUCAAAAAAAAGUGUCCCUGCAGUUAAGCACUGAAUAGAUAGUAAAAAAGACUACAAGACCACAGUUAUCCGCCUUUAAUAAAGUUACUUUGACAAUGACUUUUAUGUUCGAUCUGUUCCAGCUUGAGUGGGCUUGAAGAAGGAAGCAUGAUGCCACGCAGAGGCUGUACCAGAGUCCCAAUAGUUUUAUGUUCAAAUGACUUGAUCACUGAAGUAAACGGCAAGAUGUGUGUACGAAGGCAUGUUCUGUAACUAAUACCUAGUCGAAGAGAAGCCACAUUUUUGAGUUGUUAGUCAAAUUUAGCAGGUUCAUUGAAAUAUCAUGCAGAUUGCUGAAUAUUGAACUGUGGCUGUAGUCUAAAAGUAGUGUCACAUGGGUAAGAAAGAUUUUUUUUAUAAAUAUAUAUAAAUAUAUAUAUAUCUGUAUUUGACACGAUACCAAUAUGUUUCUGUUCUGCAGCUCUUUGACAUGUAACAGACGUUGAAGCCUGUUCUGUUCUGAAACCCUUGCAUUUAACUUCUAGUGAAAAUGGCAGGUGUAUGAACUUGUGAUUUUCAGAAAUUAAAAUCACUGUCUGAGAAAAAAAAACCC